GCCAGAAAAUGCCGCAACAUGAAAAGGGUCAACCAGAGCUUCUUAGGGGACCCCCCUAAAGCCUUCAUCCUUCUGGGUGUGUCUGACAGGCCAUGGCUGGAACUCCCUCUCUUUGUGGUCCUCCUGCUGUCCUAUGUGCUGGCCAUGUUGGGGAAUGUCGCCAUCAUCCUGGUAUCCCGGCUGGAUCCUCAACUCCACAGCCCCAUGUACGUAUUCCUCACUCACCUGUCCUUCCUGGACCUCUGCUACACCACCACGAUGGUCCCUCAGAUGCUGGUCAACAUGGGCAGUUCCCAGAAGACCAUCAGCUAUGGAGGCUGCACUGUGCAGUAUGCAGUCUUCCACUGGCUGGGAUGCACGGAGUGCAUCGUCCUGGCCGCCAUGGCCCUGGACCGCUACGUGGCCAUCUGCAAGCCCCUGCACUACGCCGUUCUCAUGCACCGUGCCCUCUGUCAGCAGCUCGUGGCUCUGGCCUGGCUCAGUGGCUUCGGCAACUCCUUCGUGCAGGUGAUCCUGACCGUGCAGUUGCCAUUCUGCGGGCGGCAGGUGCUGAACAACUUUUUCUGUGAGGUGCCGGCCAUGAUCAAGCUGUCGUGUGCUGACACCGCUGUGAAUGACGCCACGCUGGCUGUGCUGGUGGCCUUCUUCGUGUUGGUGCCCCUGGCUGUCAUCCUUCUCUCCUAUGGCUUUAUUGCCCGGGCAGUGCUCAGGAUCCAGUCCUCUAAGGGACGACACAAGGCCUUUGGGACGUGUUCCUCCCACCUGAUGAUCGUCUCCCUCUUCUACCUACCUGCUAUUUACAUGUAUCUGCAGCCCCCUUCCAGCUACUCCCAAGAGCAGGGCAAAUUUAUUUCUCUCUUCUAUUCCAUAAUCACCCCCACUCUCAAUCCCUUCAUCUACACCCUGAGAAAUAAAGAUAUGAAGGGGGCUCUGAGGAGACUCCUGGCCAGGAUCUGGAGGCUCUGUGGAUGAUGAGGACGUGACAUGUAGCAUCUCCAUCAAUUAAAGAACACUGCACAAGUCUAUUGUGCACUCAGAGCAU